AACCGAUCGGUGCCCGGUUUGUGGACAUAUCAGGGUGACAUGGCGAGCAGGCUCCUACUUAACCAUGGCGGUUCUCUGUCCCUGUAGUUAGUAUUUCCUGGAGCAUCGCAUUCGCCAUGCUCGUACUCAAGUCGUGGCUGCUGGCAGCCCUCGUUGCAGGUGCUGUUCCGGCACUCCCGCAGGAUAGCAUCUCCAGUGUGGUCAAGCGUGGCAUCGAAUACACCGUCUUUAACCAUGCGGCCACUGGAGCGACCCUGGAAAUCGUGGCAAACUCAGGAAUCUGUGAGACUACUCCAGGCGUCAACCAGUAUUCCGGAUAUCUCUCCGUGGGAGAGGACAUGAACAUGUUCUUCUGGUUCUUCGAAUCCCGCUACGAACCCCACACAGCCCCUCUAACUGCCUGGUUCAACGGCGGCCCAGGCUGCUCAUCUAUGAUCGGUCUCUUCCAAGAACACGGCCCCUGUCACUUCGUCGACAACGAGACCACCCCGUCUAUCAACCCCUACAGCUGGAACACCCACUCCAACAUGCUCUACAUCGACCAGCCCAUCGGCGUGGGCUUCUCCUACGGCAACGACCCAGUCAACAGCACCGUCACCGCUGCCCCCUUCGUCUGGAAACUUCUGCAAGCGUUCUAUGCCCACUUUCCCGAAUACGAAAGUCGCGAAUUCAACCUCUUCACUGAGUCCUACGGCGGCCACUACGGCCCCGAAUUCGCGCACUACAUCCAACAACAAAACGCCGCUAUCGCCACCGGCAGUGUUAUCGGCGAACCCAUCAACCUCGUCUCCCUCGGCAUCAACAACGGAUGGUUCGACUCCUCCAUCCAGGAGAAAUCCUACAUCACCUACGCCCUGGAGAACCCUUACCGUCCUCUCAUCAACGCUUCCGCAGCCGCGAAAUACACCCACGACUACGAAACGAUCUGCGCCCCGGCCCUCCAAAACUGCAGUACCCUGACUACAGCUGACGCCUGCCGUACCGCGGCGGAUACCUGCGCGGAUAUCAUCGAGGAUCCGAUUCUCAGUACAGGGGACUGGAACGUGUACGAUAUUCGUCGGCCCGCGGAUGAUCCCUUCCCGCCGGAGACGUAUGUGGAUUAUCUUCGGGAUGAAGCGGUUAUGAAGGCCAUCGGGGCGAGAUCGAGUUAUGUGGAGUGUCCGGAUGAGCCGUAUGUUAAGUUUGCGGAGACGGGUGAUCUCUCUCGAUCCCUUUUAUCUACCCUAUCCACCGUAAUCCAAUCCGGACUCCAAGUAUUGAUCUGGGCGGGCGAUGCCGAUUGGAUCUGUAACUGGGUCGGCGUGCACGAUGUCGCGAAUGCGGUGGAAUUUCCGGGUCAGAAGGCGUUUCAGCAUACCCCGUUGCAGCCGUACGAGGUGGAUGGGGUGCCACGCGGGAUGGUGAAAUCGGUGGGGAACUUCUCCUUCCUGAGGGUGUUUGAGGCGGGCCAUGAGGUGCCGUAUUAUCAGCCGAAGACGGCAUUACAGGUAUUCGGACAAAUUAUUCGAGGGGAGGGGGUAUAUUCGACGUGAAUCGUGGGCUUGAUGGAUGGUUCAGGUGGGGAGUGAGAUUGGGAUGUCAAUUAUAUGUCAGACAUGCUAGCUUUAUGAUUUCACUAUGAGAUAAUAGAUUGUCAAGUGAUAU